AGGGGCGCGCCAUGGAGGCGCCGGGUCGCGCCAGUAUGCUCCAGGCCAAGUGAAGCGGUCCGGCUGGGGUCGGCGGGACCCGCGGGCCAUGUACGGCGACAUAUUCAACGCCACGGGCGGCCCCGAGGCGGCGGUAGGCAGCGCGCUGGCCCCAGGAGCCACGGUCAAGGCAGAAGGCGCUUUGCCGCUGGAGCUGGCCACUGCGCGCGGUAUGAGGGACGGCGCGGCCACAAAGCCCGACCUGCCCACCUACCUGCUGCUCUUCUUCCUGCUGCUGCUCUCGGUGGCGCUCGUCGUCCUCUUCAUCGGUUGCCAGCUGCGCCAUUCGGCCUUCGCCGCGCUGCCCCACGACCGCUCGCUGCGCGACGCCCGCGCGCCCUGGAAGACGCGGCCGGUGUAGCUUGGGACUGAGCCACGGCCGCCGGGCGCCCCGUCCCGACCUAGCCAAGAGCAGCCAGCUUGAGCCUGGUAGGGAGGGCACGACGCCAGGGAUC